CAUCACGAUAGCAAAAUGGCGUCUGGCAGUGGGUCCAAGAAUGAUUUUCGUCGUAAAUGGGACAAAGGUGAAUAUGAACAGCUGGCAAAACGACUCACAGAAGAGAGAGAGAAAAAAGAUGGCAAACCUGUGCCCCCCGUCAAGCGGGAGCUUCUCCGCCACAGAGAUUAUAAGGUGGAUCUGGAGUCAAAACUGGGGAAGACAAUCGUCAUCACAAAGACCACACCGCAGGCUGAAAUGGGAGGGUACUACUGCAAUGUCUGUGAUUGUGUAGUAAAAGAUUCCAUAAAUUUCUUGGAUCAUAUCAAUGGUAAAAAACAUCAGAGAAACCUGGGAAUGUCCAUGCGAGUAGAGCGCUCUUCAUUGGACCAAGUUAAAAAACGUUUUGAAGUAAACAAGAAAAAGCUGGAGGAAAAGCAGAAGGAGUACGAUUUUGAGGAAAGAAUGAAGGAGUUGCGAGAGGAGGAGGAGAAAGCAAAAGCCUACAGAAAAGAAAAGCAAAAGGAAAAGAAAAGAAAGGCAGAAGAAGAUCUCAACUUUGAAGAUGAUGAUGAAAUGGCUGCUGUGAUGGGAUUCUCAGGUUUUGGAUCCUCCAAAAAAGGCCACUGAUCACUCAUUUUAAACAUUUGCUCACCAAGGCCUUCUUUGAAUAGGUAUCCCUGAACUGUAUGAAAAUUGGCAAGAACUGCAUUAUUGUUUCACAGGACCACGCAGCUUUUUAUUGUACAUUCUGUUAAAUACUUCUGAUUCAACACAUGUGGUGGUUAACCUGUUUUUGGCCCUUGAUCAUAGAACAUCAGCAUAACUUCGUCAAUCUAAAUUAAACUCCUUGUUAUAAUGAAGUUUUUGUUAUAAGGUCGUGGUGUAAAUAGGGCUGCAUAUGCAUAAAUGUUUUAUGAGUUGUGUCUGAAGUUACCCUCUUAUACUUUCCACACAAUGAAACAGAAAAGGUUCAAAUUAAAACAAUAUGACCUCUUUUGAAGACAAAACUUGAUGCAUCUGUUCACUAACGUCUCUGUAGAUGUGGGGCAGACAAGGGAAUAAUAACCUGUUAAUUGUGUAAUUAUAGAGGGGGUUUUUUAUUAUAAGGAGACUGAUAGAUUGUAGUUUGUGGUUAUUUUACAUUAAAAACAUUAUCUAACAUC